GUGCGGGUCUGUGCGCAUAUUUGUGUCGGUCUUGAUUCCUCAUUUUAUCUGUCUCUCACUCAAUACACUCCGCUCUCUCUCUCUCCCUCCCUCUAGAUCAUUCCAGGUAUAUGUUGGUUUAAUUUUUUGUUUUAGGUUAAGAAAUCAAGCCAAAUUUCGAUAGUCUUCUUUCAUUUCUACAAUCAUUUGAUCUUACUGUAUCUCUGUGUAUUGUGAGUCGACGUCGAUCAUUUCCAUAAUCAAUAUUUCGCGCACUACUGUACCGAAAAACCGUGAUUCGCUGUCCCUGUCUCUAGGUUCUUCGUCACUCUAAUCUAUUUCUUCGUCUACGAAUCCGAUCUCAGUUUGUCUUGAUCAUUAGGCUUUUUAGCUCCAAAUCGUGAUCACCCUUUAGAGCUAUCGAGCUAUAUUCAUCUGGGUUUCUCUUAGAUCUUCAAAAUAGCUAGUGAAAAUAAUGGAUCCAAGUGAAAUAGGAUCAGAGUCCGAGGAAACAAAUAGGAAAAAUCCCGAUGGAGAACCAUCCAUAGGGAGUCCAAACGAACAAGGCAAGAAGACAUGUGCUGACUGUGGAACCACCAAGACUCCACUCUGGAGAGGCGGUCCAGCUGGUCCCAAGUCACUGUGUAACGCUUGUGGGAUCAGGAGCAGAAAGAAGAGGAGAGUCAUUUUGGGUCCUAACAAGGGACAAACAGACGAAAAGAAAGCCAGAAAAGCCAAUAACAACAAGCUUGGUGAUGGAUUGAAGCAGAGAUUGUGGGCACUGGGUAGGGAUGUGAUGAUGCAGAGAUCAACGGUGGAGAAGCAACGGAGGAAGCUAGGAGAGGAAGAACAGGCUGCUGUGCUAUUGAUGGCAUUGUCUUGUGGUUCUGUUUAUGCCUAGAUGUUUUCUUCUUUUUUGGGGAAUAAUGAAAUAUCAAGAAGCCAAAAAUUCAAAACCCAAUUUGUAAAAUGUUGGUUGGGCUUAUGUGCUCUGCAAUUUUUGUAAUGUUUGUUGGGUUUAUGUUAUUUUUCUAGUAUUACUAACUUCUUGUAUUGUAUUAUUGUAUGGUGGGGUUUUGGAGGGGAAGGAUUUGGAGGAGAAAGUGUAAGAAAGUAGAGAUUUCAUUUAAUUUUUUUUUUCCUAACAUAGUAAUUUAUGUUUUGUUGUCCCUUUAA